CCGUCUUCGAGUAAGAAAGACGCAGAGAGAAACCGGAGAGAAUCAUCAAACAGAUUCCAACCGACCUGCGUGCGGCAGUGUUGAAGGUGUCUUCUUCAUUUCUUUGCUUCCGUUGGGCGUGGAAAUGGAUGGAGGGAAGGAGGGAAAGAAACCACUGGUUAUCGACUGGAACGUCAUUCUCGAUAACGAUGACGAUCCAGCAGAACUGGAUGUCGUGCGUGACGAGCAAUCCUCUCAGAGUGAAGACUUGCAAAUCAUUUCUGAUCAUAACCUGGAUGGAACGAUUUGCAGAUUAGCAAAAAACGUCAACAUUCUCUCUCCCAAAUUGUCCGACAAGGGUGCUAAGCUUCGAAUUAGAAUCCAGCGUCUCGAACACGAGAAAAAUCGCAGAAGCCUCCUUCAAUUGCAGGCUGAUGAAGACUGCAGGAAUGUCACCCAUUCAGGAGCAUGCAGUGGUUCCAAUUCCGUGUUUCAAUCAUCUCAAGUCACUGCAAAGUCAGAAUUUACCUCUUGUUUUAUUGAAAUCUUAGAAACGAAGUCAGAUGCUAGUACUCGUGUUGGAGGAGACGCAUUUGCUAAGGAAUUUUCAUAUUUACACUCUGGUGACCGCCAAGAUGCUAGACAGAAUGGACGUUUGAUACAUGAGGAAAAUCAGUCACGUUUAGUGUCUUCAAGAGAUUCACCCUUUAAGUUUAUGAAUAUUGGCUGUCAUGAUAAAGAUAGACAGCGAUGCUCAAAUGGUGGUGAUCAAAAGGGAAUUGCUCCCAGUUCUCUUGAUCAUCAGGAGGAAAACUUGUCUGGCCAUUUCUUCAAGAAAAAGUACGAUUUCGCCGAUACUGACGACCGUGAGGUCUGUUGCAAUAAAUACGGCACACUCCUCUACAGCCCAUCGUCCCACUUGCCUAGCAAGAAGAAGCUUUGCUACUUUGUCGAUAUUGCUAUUUGGGUUGCUUUGAUGGCUUUCUGGCGUUUCUUGGGUUUUGGAAAAAAGGGCCAGAGUCACCAGACUAUGAAACAGGGCCAGAGUCACCAGACUGUGGUUCUUGUCGAUGAAGAAGAUUGUCCUUCUGUGGAAACUACUCUGCAAGCAGGCCAACCAAUUGGACAGAAGAAGGAUACAAAAAUCUACUACCCUUCCAGAAAUGAUCCAGAAUCCGUUGAACUUUGUUACUCAGACAUUGCCUGCCUUGCUCCUGAAGCUUUUUUAUCGUCAAUUAUUAUGAAUUUUUACAUUCGAUAUCUACGGAGACUGGUGUCCCCAACAGGUAGACCAAGAGGUGAUUAUCAUUUUUUCAAUACAUAUUUCUAUGAGAAGCUUAAGGAAGCUGUAUCAGACAAGAGGAGUCAGAAGGAUGCAUUCGUGAAAUUCAGAAGGUGGUGGAAAGGUGUCAAUAUUUUUCAGAAGGCAUACAUACUUUUGCCGAUACAUGAAAAAAAGCACUGGAGCUUGCUAAUUAUUUGUAACCCGGAGAAGGAUGAGGAAUCGGGACAUAUUAUACUCCUCCAUUUGGAUUCAUUGGGAUGCCACACAAGUAGUGAAAUUUUUGAGAACAUAAGAAGAUUUUUAAAAGAAGAAUGGAAAUACGUAAGUGAAGAAGUUGCACCUCUGGACCCUUCCAUUGGAGAUGGAGAGUGGAGAAACCUUCAAGAUAAAAUCACUGAGAGAAGAAUCAUGGUUCCCCAACAGAAAAAUGACUAUGAUUGUGGCAUCUUUGUGCUUUACUUCAUGGAGCGGUUCAUCGAGGAGGCCCCUGAAAGGAUAAAGAAGAAAAAUAUACCAAUGUUUGGCGAACGCUGGUUCGAACCUGAAGAGGCCUCAGGACUUAGAGAGAGGAUUCGAGAAUUGCUUAAUGAAGAGUUUGAAAAUGCUAAAAUGGAGGAUCUUAGCAGCAGGGAAUCAUCACCUGUAUCUCAGGUGAUGAUGCUUGAGUAGGGAACACUGAGGAUCAUUUCGAUUGUUCACUGAUGAUAUGGACUGAAUGGGGGCAUUUGCUCCUGAGGUGGGGUUUGCUUAUGGCAUCAUCUGCACAGAAAUGUAUGGCCUCUUGUAUAUAUUGAGAAUACCAUGCUUUCUCAGGAUCAUCUAUCCCUUGUGUAUCACUGCUGAGAUUGUGUACAACUUUACUGAAUUAGCUUGUAGAAGUCACUGAUACUACCUGUACCUGGACUGUGGAGCGUCAUUAGAAGUUUGUGAAUAGGUGUGAAUAUCAAUAGAUACGUUAAAAGGGCCACAGAAGACACUGUAGAAAGUAGCUGAUGGCGCAUGAAGCCAUCUUUGAAAUCUCGUGUAGAAGAAAAUGGGACAGCCAUAGAAACUGGAACUUUU